AUGGGCUUGGGGAGGCGCGUCCCGUGGACGGCUUAUGGCACCUACGGGGCUAGGACUCUUGGCUUGUUGGGUUUGAAAUUUGAGUACUAUACGCAUAUCCUGGCUUUUAUCUUCACCAUCGAUGAGAUAAACAGAAACCCAGACAUCUUACCCAACGUUACCCUGGGAUAUUAUGCAUUUGAUUCCUGCGGAUAUGUGAAUAAAGCCAUAAAGAAUAUGAUGCAGAUAAUAUCGGGACGAUUCACGCAGGCUCCCAAUUAUUUCUGCGACAAACACGGCCAGGUGGUGGGUUUUAUUGGAGACAUUGGUUCUUCUACUACCCUGGCAAUGGCACAGAUCUUGAAUCUAUAUGGUUACCCUCAGAUAAGCUAUGGGGCUACAGACUCUAUACUAAGUGACCGGAGACAAUAUCCUUACUUUUACCGAACCGUUCAAGGGGAUGAGAUCCAGUAUACUGCAAUUUUAAAGUUAUUGAGACAUUUUGAGUGGGACUGGGUUGGAAUCGUUACUACUGGAGAUGACAGUGGAGAAAGGAAAUUGCGGUAUCUGACCAGAGAGACCACUAAAUACGGCAUCUGCAUUGAGUUCUCCAUUUUAAUUACAAAAGAAGGAAAAUUUACUGACUACGUUAACAUUAUUCGGAAAGCUACAACUGAGAUUAUCAUCAUUUGUGGUUCAUUUAAUGCAAAAUAUAUGACUCUGCUCAAGAAGGUAUCAGAUGCACUUAUUGAUAAGACGCUCAUCCUUCCUCCUUCAUGGUCGCUUGAACAUGAGCUAAAUAACUACCUAAAGAAGGUUAAUUACAAGGAUCACUUUGGCAGCAACAUCUUUUUUGAUGAAAAAGGUGAAGUUCCGGAAUUGUACGAUAUUAUGAAUUGGAUAAUAAUACGUAACGGCAAGACACAAAAUACCAUCCUGAAUCGGGUGGGCGCGUUUGAUCCAUCACUUCCAGAUAACCAGCAAAUCCUUAUAGAAGACUGGAAGAUAACAUGGAAAAAUGACAAGAUGCCGCGAGCAAAGUGCAGUGACCCAUGUCAACCCGGAUCCAGAAAAGCAUCAAAAGAAGGAUUUCACAUCUGCUGCUACGACUGUAUCCCGUGUUCAGAAGGAGAAUUUACCAAUGUAUCAGACAGCAAAGACUGCUUCAAGUGUCCUGAAAAUGAAUGGCCCGACCAACAAAAAACCAAGUGUAUUCCGAAAAUACUGGAGUUUCUAUCCUAUGAAACGGACGUUUUAGCUUUAGUUUUUUGUGUUACUUCUAUAUUCUCAGUUCUGCUUUCUACUUUUAUAGCUGCAAUAUUUAUCUCAUUCCGAGACACCCCCAUUGUUAAAGCAAAUAAUCGGAAUCUGAGCUUUGUCCUCCUGGUCUCCCUCAAACUGAGCUUCCUCUGCGUGUUUUUGUUCAUUGGUCGCCCGUUGGAUAUAACCUGCAUGAUACGUCAUAUUUCAUUUGGAAUGGCCUUUUCUGCAGCACUUUCUUGUGUGUUGGCCAAGACCAUCAUGGUUUGCAUUGCCUUCAAAGCCACAAAGCCUGGCAGCAUCUGGAGAAAUUGGGUGGGACUGAAGCUGUCCAAUGCUGUUGUCUUGGUUGGCUCCUCUGGUCAGGUUCUGAUCAGUGUCAUUUGGUUGUUACUCUCUCCCUCGUUUCAGGAAUUAGACAUGCACACAUUCACUGGGAAAAUCAUUGUUCAAUGUAAUGAAGGGUCUGUCCUGGCCUUUUUCUGUAUGUUGGGUUACAUGGGGCUUCUGGCAGCUGUGAGUUUUGUUCUAGCUUUCAUGGUACGGACUUUGCCAGACAACUUUAAUGAAGCCAAACACAUCACAUUCAGCAUGCUGGUGUUCUGCAGUGUGUGGGUCUGUGCUAUACCGGCCUAUCUGAGCAGCAAGGGAAAAAACAUGGUGGCUGUGGAGAUAUUUGCUACCCUGGUGUCCAGUCUUGGCAUUGUAAGCUGUAUAUACCUCCCAAAAUGUUAUAUUAUUCUGUUUAGAGCUGAACUUAACAGUAAACGGCAUGUUUUUAGUAAGACCAUUUCAUAA